UAUAGAGCACAGGCAGCUGUGGAGGAGGAAGGUCUGGAGUGUGAGCUCAGAGUGAGUAGUCACUCACAGGAAACCUACAAGCGAGUACAGGCUCCUGCAUCAUGUCUGUGGCCCCGGCAUUCCCUACAGGAAGGGUGCACUGAGGACAAUCCAUGGAAGCAGCUUUCACGCCUCUAUUCUUCUCCUACAUUGGAUUCUGUGCCUAGAGUUUGGGAUCAGGGACUUGUCCUGCUACAAUUCGGACUAUUUUGGGGACUGUUGCGCUUGUGAUAAUGGAUAAAAGCUGCCUGGUCACUCACACUCAGACUGUACUGAGGACCGAGCCCUUCACCGACUACUACAGUGUGGUGGGCAAAGAGCUGGGCAGGGGGAAAUUUGCCGUGGUGAAGAAAUGUGUCGAAUUGUUGACCGGCAAAGAAUACGCAGCAAAGUUUCUGAGGAAACGGCGAAAGGGGGAAGACUGCCGCCGCGACGUUAUCAACGAGAUCGCCAUCCUGGAAAUGGCGCGCUUCUCGCCCUACGUGGUGAAUCUGAACGAGGUCUUCGAGACAAGCAGCGAAAUCGUCCUGGUCAUGGAAUAUGCGGCCGGGGGCGAAAUCUUUAACCAGUGCGUGGCCGACCAAGACGAAGCGUUCACAGAGCAGGACGUCGUGCGGCUCAUACGUCAGAUCCUGCAGGGGGUGCUGUACCUGCACAGGAAUAACGUCGUCCACCUGGACCUAAAACCGCAGAAUAUUUUGCUGACCUGCAGUAAACCGCUGGGAGACAUUCGGAUUGUGGACUUUGGUCUUUCCCGGCAGGUGGACAGCAUUAAAGAGGUGCGGGAGAUACUGGGGACACCGGAGUAUGUGGCCCCCGAGGUGUUGAGUUAUGAACCAAUCAGCACAGCCACAGAUAUGUGGAGUAUUGGGGUACUUACCUACGUCAUGCUUACUGGGAUAUCUCCGUUCCUGGGAGAUACCAAGCAGGAGACGUUCCUGAAUAUUUCCCAGGUGGCCAUUCAGUACUCGCAAGAGGAAUUUGAGGGAAUCUCGGACGAGGCCAUCAACUUCAUUAAGUCUCUUCUGAUUAAAAACCCCAGGAAGCGGGCUCGAGCUGACCAGUGUCUUAAACACACUUGGCUAUCUUCACACCAGGAGCCGGAGCCUUUGAAGGCCAUAACCUUCGAGCAGAAUGAAAGUAAACUAGAAACACCCGAAGCGUCCGAAGAAAUCGUGCUUUUGGCUUAUACCGUUCAUUGUCCGUGUCGUGAAACCAUAGAGACUGACCUGAAAGGUGUGAGGAACCCAUUUACAGCCCUGAAGGAGAUUCAGCCUGAAGUCGUGUGUUAACAUCCGAAGGACCUUCAAUGCAAACCAAAGCGGGUUCUGUCCUUCAAGGCCAGAUUUGGAGACCGGCCACUUGUACCAACACCAGGUGUCUUACAUGCCAGGAACGAAACGGGUCCGCUCACGCAUGACUGUGUUUUUACCGCUGCCUUAUUGCCUGUGGGAGAUAUUGGACUCUCGGAAGCUGUCCAUGUUUAGGCUUCGGUCUUUCCUAUGAUCCUAAAACCGAACUUUUGGCCCCUUCAUUGCAUAUGACACUUAGCUUGACAGGUACCUACAGGAACCAUACCUACCAGCAGAGGAAUCCAGAUUUGUGGGGCAUUCGGAAGCCCCUGCCCUCCCAUCCAGAGACGUAACUUGUAGCUUCUGGGCCCAAUGCAAAAUCUGCAACAGGGCCCCAUGUCUCAAUUAUAAUGCAUAUAUUGAGGAAAAGCGGGGUGGCACCACCAGUCCGGUACAAAUUAUAGCCCAAAUGACGGUAAAAUAUUACCUAGUGAGUGGGGAAGAGCGGGGAAGAAAAAACCAAUAGGGGUGCACAUCAAUAAAAAAUAGCAUUCAUGGAAUAGAUUCAAAAGAGGAAUGUAGAUGGCAC